AUGUCGGUAAUCACUGCAAGCAAUUCAAAAACUCAGUCUGCUUCGCAUUGGGCUGUGGCUUUGCUUAAAUAUAGGCCCAAAUGUGAUGAUGAACUUUGCCUCACUACUGGUCAAGCAGUUCAGGUUUUAUCUAUCGAUCCCAAAGUGUCAGGAAGCGAGGGUUGGUGGGUUGGCCAGGACAGCUAUGGGAAAGUCGGUGUUUUCCCUGCCAACUACGUGCAACUUCAGGCGCCAAAUUUUGAAUCUGACGACAACCACCUCCAAAACCACCAUGAUCUCUUGGAGGAACAUAGAUCUUUACUCCAAAAUUCUACCUGCCCAUGUCUCAUGGAUGGAACUCUUGUAGCCAAUCGUGUUGGUACUUCGCAUUUUCUCGCCGAUCCAGCACGUGGAAAUGGGGAGGACGAUGAAGAUUUACGGAUACAUCAAAGUUACAUAGGCGAUGUUUUGCAGGGAAGCUUGUCAAAUCUGCGGGUCAUUAAGUUUGAGGAAAUUAAACUUGGGGAGGUAAGCGGUUCUUUUUGUUUCAGCCUCUUGGUUCCUUGUAUAAUAUGUUGA